AUGAGGUAAAUUUGACCUUAAUAGGUUCCCAUUAAGCAUCAUACAUUCGUUAGUUUUCAAACCAUUAAACCUUAACAUAGCCGACUUAGGCCUACUCAGCACAAGCUGCUGACGAGGUAUACUUGAGCUCUGUUCACUGGAUGAAUCCUAACUUAAGACAAAUUUUCAGUUUAGUCUUCCAUUGACAUCAAUGUAUGACGAAGUGAAUUGACUUAAGUGAAAGUUAGGAUUUGCCCUCUGAGAGCUUGCUUACGGUAACAAGGGAUGACACCACAAAUAAGAGAUCAACAGUGAUUUCUGUCACUAACCAUAACUAAUCAUUAGACUCCAGAAGAGCAGGUAGUAAGGUUCCCUUCAGGUCAGAGGUCAGAAGGGUAACACUGAUAGCUAGCAGCACCACUGAGAGUGAAGCUCUGUCUCCGCAGCAACACUAAGAGUGAAGCUCUCUGUCUCUGUGUAUGACAAUCAAUUAAACCUUGUUAUGUGAUCCUGGGUGAGAGGACAGUCUGAGAGGAUCGGGAGUGUAGGAGGGUGAUGGAUGGGGAAGGCAGUGUUUCUGAGGCUGGGGAAGAGGCCCCUCUCCCUGGCCUAUCUAGUCUUCUGCAGAGGCCUCCAGGCAGGCAGACACCCUAGGCCCUUCCCUUCCCAGUGCUUCAGACAGAUGUUAGGAAAAAGGACUCCAGUCAUCGUGCCACUUUUAUGGCAGCUUUUUGAAUUUUCUUUUAUUCUGUGUCAACCUGUCUCAGUCAGUGCAGAGGCAGCUUUAUCAACUCAGGCUCGGGAGCUGUGGAGCUGUGGACCUGACCUUUAUCUGCUAGAUGCUACAGGCUAUGUAUCACAUUAACCACUGGUCUAAUCAUCAGGGGUUCACAAUGUAGCAAGCUGUCAAAACCAAAGUGUUCCUUAAAGUGGCAAAUACAACUCACAGCCUUUUUCACAACUUCAUUACCCAAUCUGGGAUUUCCACAUCCCCAAACACACACUGCAUUAAACACAUUCUCCCUGGUGUGUCUCAUCACUGCUCAGCUAGUAAAUCAGAGUCUGUAGGGAGUACUCGCUGGGGCAGCCAUGUUAUUAUUGUGUAAUGUUGUCCACACACACACACACACACACACACACACACACAAGGCACUGUCCGCAGGCUUAAGUCAUGGCGUCAGCGGGAGUCGACUAGGGGCAAGCCUAUGUGGACCAAUCCUUCCCAUGUCACCCGUACCUCCCAUCUAACACCAGCUCACAGCAACCUCCCAGAGCACUGCAGUGGGGGUUAUACCAUGCAAAGAAAAGGAAACAUAGGGAACAUACACCCCCUCCUAUCAAUAACUAUGCAUUCUCAACAAACACAUAUCUGCAUAACAUGUGGACGAAACAACCACUGUGUGUUUACUGUACUGUAUAGUGUUUGUGUUUAUGUUAGAAGAACUUGAUAUCAAGAUCAUUGUAUCAUAAUUCCCCCAUGCAGCCUAUGGUGGCUACAUAGAAUUGAGCAGUCAGGAGAGAGCAGGAAGAGAAGCCCUGUGCUCCAUGGUCUCGGCUCCUGAGUGCUGCUGAGCACCCAGCAGGCUUCAAGGGCAAACGGUCAUUAAGAAGCCAAGUUUUAAUAAGCAUGCAGACAGACAUGCUGCUACACAGCCCAAGUGCCAGGAAAGGUGAUUUUCUUUUGUGCACUCACUACUUUCUCCCUCAUGACUCCAGAGAUCAUGAAUGUCCUGCAGCCAAACAUCGUUCAGUCUCCAACAGUUACCUGUAACACAGGAUGAUCAGUAGCUUUUCCGGAUACUUUGUCAUUAUCCGUUGUCUUACAUGGAUGGGUUGACCCAGUAGUCAUGAGAUUGUUAGGGCCUUGCUGAUAAAUUGAGGAAGGCACGGUUGAGGGGAUGGUGGGAACAUGGACACAUCAGUAGGGUGUCAGGCAGCCUCCUUGCUCAAAGGCCUCUCGAGUCCACCCCCACUCUGUUACAGGAGGGGGUCGCAGUUCCGGAGCGAUCCACUAGGUGUCCUCCUCCGACAACCUUAGGCACCUUCUCACUCACAGUUUGGACUAAUCAUGAUCCUAUUGGUGUCACCUGUGUCUACCUGUUCACCUGUGUAUUUAUGCCCUCACUUCCCUGUGUUUCCUUGCUCAGUUUUCUCUGCUAGUUUCUCGAUGCUCAGCAGUACUACGACUGUCUAAGAAGGAAGCUAGCGGUGGUUUAAAUAAAUUAAAAUAGUAAAAAAUUGUUUGUAACUAAUAUAGAGAAGAGUCGGAGCAGUGGUGCGGGCACUAUUCCCCUCGUGGAGAUGGCGAAAAAUGCAAAUUUUAGGGCGAUUCCCAGGAUUGGGAUCACGAACGCAGUUAGGUUUGUGUGGAAGGAGAAGGACAUGGAGCCUUUUGGAAGGGAAACAUUUGGGAGGACUUUGUUGAUGGGAGUGUUAAAGCUGGCGGUAAAGGAUGUGAUGUGCCUCCAGGCGAACGCCUUGGAAGGGGCUUAUGAUGUGGUUUUUCACACGGAGGGGAAGCAUGACGAGGUCAUGAAAAAGGCGAGGGAGGUGGAGAAGGCCAGGCCAAUGUGCCACUACGAGGUGACAAGCUUGGCCAAGAACAACUUCAGGGUAAUAACAGUAAACAUGUAUAACCCGCAUGUUAAGGAUGAGGAGGUGAGGGCUUUUAUGGGGAGGUAUAUGGACAAUGUCUCCUCGGCAAGGCUCCUCAAAGACUCGCUACGGUUCUGGAACGGGAGGAGACGCUUCCAGGCUCUGUUGAGGGAAGACCCAAAGGGCCUGGGAGGUUACCUUCAUCCUCCAGCUCUGUUCUCCCUGGGGGCUGACAGGGGGACAUUGUUUUAUGCCCGUCAGCCCCCUUUCUGCAGACAAUGCAUGGCCUAUGGCCAUAAUUUCGCCUCAUGUGGGGCGAAGAAAUGCAGGGUGUGUGGGUCUGAGGUACACGAGGUGAGGGACUGUGACGAGUCGAAGAAGUGCCACGGGUGUAGAUCGUCAGCACACCUGUGGAGGGAGUGUACGGUUCGUCACAAGUCGUAUGCAGCUGCAGCUGGUGGGGGAGCAGGUGCAGGAGUGGGGGAUGGAGGAGGCAGAGGAGGAGGAGUUCCAGACCCAAGCGCAGGGCCAGAGGCAAUAUCAUCGACGAUGGAGGAGGAGCCAAGAACAGCAGUGGGAGGAGAGGGGGACGGGCAGGGGACUGCCGUAGCAGUUCUGGAAGGAGAGGUGGUGCCGGAGACAGAGACGGAGGGGAGUGUGGGAGAGGAGGUGCCGGAGACAGAGGCGGCGGAAGGAGAGGAGGCCGGGGAGGAGCCAGCCACAGCCCUAGGAGGAGAGGAGAAGGGGGGAGAGGGGGGAACGGAGUGGGGGGGAAAGCGAAAUGUCGAGUGCCCAGGGGGAUGA